UAUAACCAAUUAAUUGUAUGUUCUUAAAUUCGACUAAAUUGGAAAUAAGAGCCCAGCAAUUAUGUUUGCUUCAAAGUCAUAUAAUUUAGAUAUUGUGAAGGCUAUUCCAGUAAUGAGCAACUUGGUUAGAAUAUGUUUUAUUACAGCCUAGGGUCUUACAAGUCCUCUGCGUUUGUUCCCAACCUUAUAUUCAACCGACUAACUGUUCUCACACGCACGCACGCACAAAAUGCGGUCUCCUGGCUUUGUUCGUUCUCAUCCAACAUCCCUGCCUCCUCAUUGGUGCUGAGAGGAUGGGGGACUUCUGAUUGGGUGAAAGUUUUUCCUCUGGCUUUAGCACUUGUGUUGUCACCCCCACCCCACUCAAAACAUAUAAUUGGUCAAGCCGCUCUAUGAGUCCAGUUGUUUUUACAGUCAGUAACAUACGACAGCCUAUUGUAGACUAUUUGUAGCAAGAGUGAUGUAAGGAGUCUCAAACAAAUCGACGUUGUCUGAAUCUGUCUGAAGCUCAGAUAUUCCAAAGCGCAGCAUCCACAUAAAGACGCGUUGUUCACGCACAGAGGAGGACACAAAUUAUAACAAAUAUCCAUUAAAAAUAGCGAAGAUGGUGUCCGCUGGACUGGAGAUCCUUGGGCUGGGGCUGUGCGUCAUUGGCUCGCUCCUGGUGAUGGUGGUGUGCGGGCUGCCCAUGUGGAAGGUAACGGCGUUCAUCGAGGCCAACAUUGUGGUGGCUCAGACCAUCUGGGAUGGGCUCUGGAUGUCUUGUGUGGUGCAGAGCACCGGCCAGAUGCAGUGCAAGGUGCACGACUCGGUCCUUGCGCUCGGCCACGACCUGCAGGCGGCGCGAGCCCUCACCGUCAUCUCGUGUGUGUUUGGCGUGCUGGGGCUGAUGGUGGUGAUCGCCGGGGCGCAGUGCACCAACUGCAUUAGCGCCGAGAACGUCAAAACCCGGGUGGUAAACGCCGGAGGGGUCAUCUACAUCACCAGUGGGUUGUUUGUGUUAGUUCCCCUCUGCUGGAUGGCCAACAACAUCAUCUCUGACUUCUACAACCCACAGGUGCCUGCGUCCAAAAAGAGGGAGAUCGGGGCCGCGCUCUACAUCGGUUGGGCGGCCACGGCGCUCCUGCUGAUCGGGGGCGCGCUACUCUGCUGCUCUUGUCCUUCUGACGGGAAUUCGGGCUAUUCGGCCAAAUAUUCCCCGACCAAACGGGCCACACCGAACGGGACCGGAGACUAUGACAAAAGGAAUUACGUGUAGCCCUGCUUCCCACCCUCGGGAUGGGGUAGCUAUGCUGUGCGUAAAUGUGCUGUGAUCUUUGAAAAACUAUUUUUUUAAACGUAUUUUUUGCACCUGCAGUUUACUCUGAACUUUGAAAUCAAUUAAAGCAUCAUUUUGUUACACUGACUAUAAACUAAACACACUAUUGGAUAACAUAUUCGUUCAUCAUUUUUUCAAACAGCAGAAAAUAAACUUUUUGGAGACUAUGCAUAAACGUCUGGAUAUAAAGUGAUAGCCAAUGACAAAAAUGAGCGUCUUUGUUUUAGGUACCUGCAUUUUUAAAUGUCCUAGUCUAUAUUUUCUAUGAUCGCUCAUAAUCCCUUGCAUUUUGAAAUGUUUACCAUUAUGAAGAUUAUACGACUGAAUAUAUCCACUGUUUUGUUUUACUUCAGUGUAGGCUUCAGUUACUAUGAUUUCGGAGUGAUAGCACUCCAAACCACCUGAAAGGUUUUUGGACAGUGGAUUUUUGCUUCAUGGCACUGUGGGACGAGCUAAAAAAAAUAAAUGUAGGCUAGGCCUAUUUUUAAGGAAACACAACUCAGGCGUCCUUAUAAUAGUGGAAUAUAAUCUAUUUUACAAAAAUUAGGACCAUAGAUUUAGAUGCCAAAUAUAGGAUGUCCAGAUGAAACUUUUAAAAGUUUGCAAAUGUGAGUUUUAUAUCUGUAUGUAGAAGCUGUGCUGGAUGUGUUUCUUGUCAUGGAUUUGUAUGAAUACACUGCUGUUUUACUAACUGGUUUUGUUGAUGUUUGAUGUAAAGAUCCAUUAUAUAUUUCAUGCAAUAUUCUUUCCAAUGUUAAACUGAGAUUAAACUGAUAUCGUCUUAAAUGUA